AAAACCUUCACAAUACCGCCAAAAUGGCCGAGGGCAUGUUCUAUAAUGCGACGAACGGAUACAUCGAAGGGAUAGUUCGAGGCUAUCGCAGCGCCCUGUUAUCCAGCCAACAGUAUGGCAACCUGACACAAUGCGAGACGAUCGAUGAUGUGAAGCUUCAACUUGGUCCUGCCUACGGCGACUACCUCGCCGCCCUCCCACCGAAUCCAUCGACCUCCGCCCUCGCCGACAAGACUCUCGACAAGCUCGUCGCCGAGUUCCGAUACCUCCAAGCCAACGCCACCGGCAGCCUCGCCAAGUUCAUGCAAUAUCUUACCUACUCAUACAUGAUCGACAAUGUGGCGCUCCUCAUCACCGGCACCCUCCACGAACGCGACACAAAAGAGCUACUUGAGCGAUGCCAUCCUCUCGGCUGGUUUGAGACGAUGCCUGUACUCUGCGUGGCGACCAACAUCGAGGAACUGUACAACUCCGUGCUCAUCGAGACACCGCUUGCGCCAUACUUCAAGGGCUCGCUCAGUCAUCAGGAUUUGGACGAGUUGAACAUCGAGAUCAUCCGGAAUACGCUUUACAAGAAUUACCUGGAGGACUUUUACCGCUUUGUGAACGAAGAGCCGGGUAUCAAGGGUACACCGACGCAGGAGGUCAUGUGCGAGGUGUUGGAAUUCGAGGCGGAUCGACGGAGCAUCAACAUUACCAUCAACUCGUUUGGCACAGAGCUGAGCAAGCAAGAUCGGAAGAAGCUGUACCCUACAUUCGGACGGUUACACCCAGAAGGUACACUAAUGCUGAGUCGGGCGGAUGACGUCGAGGGUGUGAGGAUCGCAGUGGACGGCGUACACGACUACCGGACGAUGAUGGACCAGACGGGAAUGGGUGGCGGCAACAGUAUCGGCAAUCAGUCUGGUGGUAUUGGCGGAGACGAGGGCAAGAGUCUGGAAGAUCUGUUCUACCAGAAGGAGAUGGAGAUUGCGAAGCUGUCAUUCACGUACCAAUUCACACAUGCAGUGGUGUAUGCGUGGGUGAAGUUACGGGAGCAGGAGGUGCGAAACAUUACGUGGAUAUCGGAGUGCAUUGCGCAAAACCAGAAAGAUCGGGUGAACAACUUCAUCAGUGUUUUUUGAGCGGCGUUCACAAGCAGAUUUGUAUACACCGGGGCGCUCUGAUACCAUUAUGAAGACACUUCCUUCC